AUGUCGACUUACGAAACUGCCCAAAACCAAUUCAUCACUGUAGAUGGCAUUAAAUUCGCCUACCGACGCUUCGGCUCAAACAAUGGCGUGCCUCUCACGCUGCUGAUGCACUUCAGGGGAACGAUGGAUCAUUGGGAUCCAGCCCUCAUAGAUCCUAUCGCCGCUAAAAGGCCUAUCAUCAUGAUUGACAACGCCGGCGUAGGUCGAUCAGAAGGAGAGGUCCCAAAGCAAUACUUCAUGUGGGCACAGUACUACAUACACGUCCUACGCGCCCUGGGAGUAAAACAAACUGAUGUAAUGGGUUUCUCAAUGGGUGGUUGCGUCGCACAGCUUGUCGCUCUUAACGGCAAAGACCUUGUGCGCCGCCUGAUUCUCUGUGGUACAAUGCCCAGUAGUGGUGAAGGCACAGUCUCAGCACCCGAUCUCACACCAUUCAAUCUUCUCCUAGCUGCCAAGACGGAGGAAGAGCAGAAGCAUGCGUUUAUGGUGAGUAUGUUUGGCGUUUCGGAGAAGAGCAAAGCAGCCGGCGAAGAGGUAUGGAAGCGAAUCACAGGCGCGAGGCAAGACAGGACGGAGCAUGUUGAGGUUGGAAACGCAAGACGCCAAGCGAUUGCUUUUGCCAAGUUUAUGGACCCGAAGCAAGCCAAGGAUGCGAGUUAUGAUCGACUUGGGGAGUUGACUAUACCUGUCUUGAUUGCCAAUGGGAGUGAUGACGUUCUGUUGCCGACAGAAAAUAGUAUUGUUAUGUGGAGGAAACUGAAGAAUGCUCAAGCGCAGUUGCAUUUGUAUCCUGAUUCUGGACAUGGGUUCCUUUAUCAGUAUGCGGAUGAGUUUUCCAAGUUGAUUAAUGUGUUUUUGGGAGAUGAGUCUAGAGUAUCUAGUCGCCUAUAG